AUGGAGCUCCUCCUGCAAAUAAUUCCCAUCUUCCUCCUCUUAAUUAUCUCCAUCAUCAUCAUAAUUAUAUUUUCACCCAAAAGAUGGGCGCAAGGAAGAAAAAAACCCGGACGCCAGCUGGCUCCGGCUCCCGGCUGGAGGCUCCCCGUGAUCGGACACCUCCACCACUUCCUAACGAGCCGCCAGCCGCCGCACCGGCUCCUCCGCGAGCUGUCACGGAAACACGGCGACGUGAUACGGCUGGAGCUGGGAGAGAUCUCGCACGUGCUGAUCUCGUCGGCGGAGGCUGCCAUGGAGGUGAUGCGGACCCACGACGUCAAGUUCGCGCAGCGGCCGCCGCACCCGCACUACGAGAAGGUGGUGUACGGCGGGAUGGACCUCAUCCAGGCUCCCUACGGCGACUACUGGCGCCAGCUGCGCCGCAUCGCCACGCUCGAGCUCCUCACCGCCAAGCGCGUCAGGUCCCUCCGCCGGGUCAGGGAGGCGGAGGUUAGGACCCUCGUCGCGUCCAUUGCGGCUUCGUCCCCUGGGGCCACGAUCGACCUGACCAGGAUGUUGUUCAGCUUUACGUACAGUGUCACCACUACAUAUGUAAUGUACAGGAUAAUAUCGAUGUCGACGUUCGGGGACGUGUCGAGGGGCCAGGAGGAGUUCAUAAAGGUUGCGGAGAAGCUGGUGGAGUAUGCGGGAGGGUUCAAGGUCGCCUACCUGUUCCCGUCGAACGCCCUGGUGCAGAUGCUGUCGGGGACGGAGGAGUUUCUGGACGGGAUACAGAAGGUCGUCGACGGGCUGGCGGAGAGCAUGAUCGAGCAACAUCAGGCCAGGAGAGCAGCGCAGGAGGGGAAGUCGAGGGCGGAGGAAGAGGAAGAGGAUCUUCUCGACGUCCUCUUGAAUCUUCAGGAAAACGACACCACGCUUGGUUUCCGCUUGUCAACCGAUGCUGUCAAGGGUUUCCUCCUGGACAUUUUUCUUGCCGGGAGCGAGACUCCAGCCGCACUGAUAGAAUGGACAAUGUCGGAACUGAUAAAAAACCCAGAAGUGAUGUACAAGGCGCAAUCCGAGGUGAGAAGAGUGUUUGGUGGGAAAGGAAGGGUCGAAGAAGCGGGGAUCUGUGAGCUCGCCUAUCUGAAACUGGUGAUCAAAGAGACGCUGAGAUUGCACACUCCCGCCCCGUUGGUGCUUCCCAGGGAGUGCAGAGAAGAGUGUCGGAUCAGCGGGUACGAUAUUCCCCUUAAGACGAGAAUACUUGUGAAUGCGUGGGCCAUUGCAAGGGAUCCUCGCUACUGGGGCGAAGAAGCCGAGAAGUUCAUGCCCGAGAGGUUCCUGAAUAAUAAAGUCAGUUUCAGGGGAGGUGAUUUUGAGUUCCUCCCUUUUGGAGCGGGAAGAAGAAUGUGUCCUGGGAUGACUUUCGGAUUGGCAGCUGCGGAACUUCCUCUAGCAAGUCUGUUGUUCCAUUUUGAUUGGGAACUUCCCCGUGGAGUUGAGCCCACAAGCUUCAAUAUGGAUGAAAAGUUUGGCGUCACACUGAGGAGGGAAAACCAUUUGGAACUAAUUCCUGUUGUCCGCUAUAACCCUCUUCCUUCCAUUUAAUUACUACCUUGCCAGCGGAUUGAGACCGGCGACUGGACCAUAUAUGGUGCAGUCCGUUAUUAAAUAAAUGUUUUUCAAGUCUAUAAUUAUCUUCAACCAAUUGCAUCGUCCAUUAUAUAACAACUUGUUUUGUAUACUCGUGUUUAUAAAUAUGAGUUGUUAUGUAUUCUCAUUAAUGUAUCACAUUCACAUGACAUGAGUGUCCA